UUUAAAUCUCCGGGUAUUUAACUUCUUAUCUAAUUGAUCUGGUUAUCUUUAGCUUCAAUUUUGGUUCUUUCAUGGGCAGAAAAAGAGUUAUAUAUCAAUCAGUUCGGAGAUUAAAUUGAUGAAUUCUGUUCUUCGAAGGCUUGUGAUCUCUGUGUUCUGCUCCGAAAAUCUGAUACAGGGUUCCAUGAGAAACGCUCUUCUUCCUUCCCAUCAUUACAACUUUGUUUUCAGGAAAUACAGAUUUUCAAAUGGCGAAUUGGGAUACUCAAAUGAACAUGAACAGAAAGAUUGGCUUUUUCAUGGGGUCCAAAGCAAUAGAAAGUGACAACCAUAACAGAAUUUCUGGAGACUUUGCUGAUAUUCCUCUUGAUCAGUCAGCAAUCUUUACCUAUCAAACAGCAGUAACAGCAAGUUAUUCAAAUGGAGAAUUCGGAUAUGAUCAUGGCAAUUUUCAGCAGCCAUUAUUGUUUGACAAGAGUAUUAAUCCAGCUACCCAAUUUGAAGCAGAUUUUCAGGCCCUACAAAUAGGAAGGAAGCGUCCAAUAAUUGAGGUCAAUGGCAUGCUGCCCAGAAAUAACCUUGGUGGUUCAAUUGGUGAAGGAACAAUUUCAAAUGAAUGGAACAAAAACAAGAGAAGCAAGGUGACAAGUUCCCAACAACAAUGGCAUAAUCAAUACCAAGAAACAUCUAUGGAACUACAAGACAAUAGUAUUUUGCGAGUUCCUGUCAGGAGAAGCCAAAAGCUUAGUGACAAAAUUACUGCUCUUCAAAAAUUGGUUUCCCCCUAUGGAAAGACUGACACUGCCUCAGUUCUCCACGAGGCUUCGGUUUACAUUGUGCUUCUUCAACAACAAAUUCAGAAUCUGCAUCGAAUCUUUAGUAGUUCAUACAUUGCCGCAGGAAAUCACUCACAAGAGUCUGGGAGUAGUAGCCAAGAGCUUGACCUCAGAAGCAAAGGCCUUUGUUUGGUUCCGAUUUCGAUGACUCAGAAAGUGACCAUGGAAGAGGGUUUUGAUCAGGAUCAUCUUUCUACAUCUAGAAAUCUUGCCAUAGCUAACCAUUUCUAGUCUAGCUAUAAGCUUAGAAUCUACAUUAUCAAUCAA